CGUUAAAUGUACAACUUCAAAUUGUACCAUAAAAACAAAAACAAAAAUAUAAAUACUUUAUAGCAUUAUAAAAUUUCUCAUUUGUAUAUACCUACUAAUGUUCAAUUUAUCACAAAAUAUUUGGUUACCUACUGGCAAAUGCUUUAAGCUAUCUUGAGAGGGAAGUGAUGUUGGUUUCUAUUCUGAUUGGCUGCCCUCAAACAUUCCUUAUUUUUUGGUUUUUUGGACAAUAUGCAGGGUGGGUCCCUCGUCCCAGGCAGUUCUACUCUGCCUCCGCCCUUGCAUGCAAUUCCUCUUCAUUUGAGGAGUUUAAGGUAGAACAUGAUCUUAAUGAAUAAGAAGUCUUUUUUAAAUAAAUAACUGUAACUACUCGAUCAAGAUUAUACUCUAACAUUUUGCUAAAUAAUAAUUUUAUUAUUUUAUAGACAUAUACUUUACGAAAAAGAGAGUGUUUCAUUGCAACAAAAUAUAAAGUAAUAUAGUUUAUUUUCCAAAGGUAAUUGGAUGUCAAAUGUUUAUUUUCUCUCUUUUCAUAUAUAUUUUGUUUAAUCGAGAAAAUCAUCAUUGUUUAUAUGUAUGCUUGUUUAAUCUUCUCGUCAAAAUGUAACUUAUCAUUCAAUUUUAGUAAAAAUGAGUAGAAAAUUUCAGUCAUAAGGUUUAAUUAGAUUUUUUUAUUUGAAAAAAUGUGAUAUAUGUCACUCUCUGUUUUCCAAUUUAUAUUUUGUAUUACUUGACAAAAAAAAUUAUUAUUUAUGUGUGUUUAGUUAAGAUUAUCAACAUGUAACUUAUUAUUAAAGUAAAAAAAAAGGAUAAAUGAAAAAGAAUAAUUGGAUAAAAGAAAUGAAAAUAUUAAAGAAGAGAGGUAGCUCCAUAAAUACAUUGAUAACUAAUUUUUUGUUUGUAAAAAAGUUGUCCAACUUGGCAAAUUAUGGAUCCUCCAAGUGCUUAUGUGACAAUAGAUUGCUUUUGAAUUGCCAUGAUAUAUAUAUAGAUUCCAUGCUUUCAUAACAAACACUCUUGAUCCCACAAGAAAAUUUGGUACCACUUCAUCAUUAGGUUCCAAGAAAAAAACAUUAAUCUCCCUAGCUAUCCAAUCUCCUUCCGACUAUAUGAGAGAUAUUCUUGUUCAUUGAAAAAUAGUUUCAUAUCUCGACAUUUUUGGGAUUUCUCAAAGUAUAUAUGCGCUCUCUACAUCCCUGAUUGUGAUGGAAAAAGGUUUUAAAACGCAAAUUAACUUUCAUUUCAUUUAAGAUAAAGUUCAUAAGAAUGAAAUCUUAUAGCAUAUAUAUAUUGUAGAAAUACACUUUCUUGGCUUACCUUUGGUUGUCCCGGGGGCUAAGAUCUGGUGACUAGGGGGUUCCCUUAGUCACAUGGCUAAGUGAAUCUCAGCCACUCAACCUUAUUAAAAUCUAAGGGCUCCAGUUAAUUCAAUUUAAUGAAGAACAAUGUGGUAAUUACAUGAGUUUAUUAAUUUUCAAUUAUUAAUUAAUUAAAAACUCUAUUUUUUUGCUGCGUUGCGUCUCUCCUCGGCGGUACCAAACGGCGGAUUUCUUGCCGUGGCUCUUCCGGCGGGCGUAUCGUUUUCCAGCGGUAUCAGGUGGCUUUCCAUGGAGUUUCCCCAGAGAGAGAGGCGGACCACUUGCCUGGGAAUUAUAUUCCCCUGAUCCCCUCCCCUUCUAUGGCGUUUCCAGAGGGAGACUUGCCUGGGAAUUAUAUUCCCCUUCCCCUUCCAUGGAGUUUCGUGAGAGAGAGAUUUUCUGGUCGGAAUUUUUUUUCCCGGCGACAAUUUUCCGGCGACAGUGCUUUGUGAUGUUUGUUGACAUAUUCUGUAAUGUUUGUACCCUUUGUUAUUUUGUAAUGUUUGUAAACUUUGUUAUUUUUGUCAACCAUGUUUGUAAUGUUUGUUAUAUCUAAAAAACAACCUGGUUGACUUUUGGAUGAAACUUCUCUAUAUAGGGAUGAAGCCUCCAAAGUCAACCCGGGUGUUUUUUCAGUUCGUAUGGAUUGUCGGUCUAGUUUGUCAUUUUUGUCCACCAUUUUCGUACUGUUUUUGUAUGUCUAAAAAACACCCAGGUUGAUUUUGGGAAGGAGCCCCUCUAUAUAGGGAUGGAGCCUCCAAAGUCAACCCGGUUGUUUUUUCUUUUUGUAUGGUUUGUAUUGUUUGUACAGUUCAUACGUUUGUAAUGUUUGUGAAUCUGUUUGUAUGUUUUGUCGCUCUAGUUUGUAUUGUUCGUAUGUUUGUAUGGUUUGUACUGAUUGUAAAUCCGGUUUGUAUACUUUGUAAUUUUCCAUAAUACCCAAACUACUCCUAUCAUUAAUUAAAUAGCCCUUCCCACUUUUUAACCAUUGGAUUGAAGUGUCAAGAUCUAAUGGCUAGGAGUGGCUUAGUCAAGUGACUAAAGACCCCCCCUUAGUCAUGGGAUCCGCUCUCUGUCCCGGCUCAAAAUAAUUGAUCGACAAAGCUGCCGAAAACAAUCCGGAGGCAUUGUACAUCCAAGUGUUAGGAACGGCAGUAGGUCAGGUAGAAGCGGAUAUCUCAAUAUAUAUACUCGUAUCAUUGUAGAUUGGGUUCGAGUCGAGUAAUAUAACAACAGGACGAAUCGGACAUGACGUCCCAUAUGGCAUGGGUAUGCAAUUUAAAUGUUAGAAAUCAAAAAUAUUCAUUUUUUUAUUAAAUAAAUCUAGAAAAAAACUAUAACAUAAUGAAUGUAAUUAAUUAUUUGAUAAAUUGACAUUAUCCCUGUGAUUAUAGACAAAAUAUGAGAUAAUUAAAUUAAAAUAACAUACGAUUUAGGUCAGAAUGGGAUAAAAAUGGGCGGUCACAGACUCAGCGUAGGGCAGGUCGAGAAAAGUACACAUUCCGGUCCCGGCUGAGCUGCUUCCUAAAAAAAAAAAAGGUCUGAUAAAACGGAUUAGGUGGAAAGUGUUAACAUAUAUAGGAGCCACAAGUAAGAACCAAUUGUUUCUCCAUCCAAGGACUGGAAUUUGACCUAAUUAAUAUCAAAAUUUAAUUAGCUACAAAUCCCAUAAAAAAUAAACGACAAACCCACCGAAAAUUAUCCAGAGAUACUAUACAUCCAAGUAACGUAAGAGCCAAAGACACAUGCAGUGAGACGUACGUCGCCAAGAGCCCUAGAAUCCCCUCCCGCCUUUUAUUAUACCCUAAUCAUUAUAAAACCAUAUUGAUUAUCGUUGCCAUUACCAAAGAAAAAGAUCACUCUAAGAAUUACCAUCACCAUACAAUCAACGACGACGAAGCAGCUAGCGAUGGUCCCGAAAGCGUUACUAGCGGCGGUCUUCCUGGCGACGGUUCUGAUAUCCGUCUCCGCGUUGGAUCGCGGGGUGACGAUCUACGUCAACAACAAGCUGAGCCGCAAGAUAACGGUCAUAGCGCACUGCAAAUCCAAAGACGACGAUCUCCACGCCCACGCCAUCGAGGCUGGUACUACUUAUACGUGGAGUUUCGACCAGAACUGGUUCGGCGGCACGUUCUUUUCGUGCAACCUGGCGGUGGAAGAUAAGCGUCUCUCUUUCACCGCGUUCGAGCAGGACGAUCACAGCACGUACAUCGACAGCUACGACGUGCUCGAUCGAGGGGUUUACGCGGUGGACCUCGAUAGUGGGGAGUGGCUGCACCUCGCUAGGUGGAACGUAACUCGCUAGCUAAUUAACGACGGUUUCUGAUUCGGUCGCAAAAGAUACCGUACCUGUUUAGGGGGUUGCGAUGAUCGAUGGUCGAUGUUUGGCACGAUCUUAUACUUAUCCCUUUAAUAUUUUGUUAUUGGCUAAUUGGCAUACUCUGCUAUAGCAUUAGGAUCCUCGAGGAGAGAAAAAAGAUUAUAGUAAACUUGAUAAAGAUCGAGUUACAUUGUUUCGAGUGACAUUCUAUACGAUCCCAAGAAGAAAACAUGACAAACGGAAAAUUCACUAAUCUAUCCGGCCACAGUUCACAAUUCUUAGCAUCUGGAUCUGAAAUCGACAUUCCGACUAAAAUCAAAACAAGUGAAAGAAGAAUCGAAUUCUACGUAGAAAUCAUUGACUACCUACAAUUUCUGAUCACAUAACAUUGUGGCAUCCGUCAUAUGUUGUUUAACCGGAGAUAUUGAAAGUCAUCAUCGAAAUUCGAACUAGCAAGUAGCAACCACGAAAGUCAAAGAGCUUAAGUGGCACAACAAUGUUUAGAAGAAGUUAUCAUCAUCAAAUUUAGUUUUAUUGUCAAUAUUUAAUUUUAGAUCUUAGUUCGAGUUGUUAUGUUGUAUUUUUGUAGUUCUCCACAAGCAAGCUUGGUCAAACUUUGCCUAUUUAUAAUAAAGAAUGAAUGAAAAACACGCAAAAUUCUAGGUUUUCAUUUUCACUUCUCACGUCUUUCCGCAUUGUGGUUGUGCGUGCUGAAGCUCAACCACAAUGAGAAGAACGAGACUUAGAAAGCAUCGGUCGCCUCCGAAAAUCCAAACCCAUCACAACCUCCCAACCUCUCCCUUCGAACAAGAGCGAAGCCAACCCCUAGCUACUCGGCUAUGCUGCUUCCUCAUUGGGUUAUUCUAGAUUCAAUUUUUUGCCUCCCCUUACCCAGAGAUUGAAUGAAACCGUUGUGUAAAUGGUUUGUGUUGCAAACCAGACAGAUCUAAUAGAAAACAAUACAAUAAUUAGCUGAAUUUUCUUAAUUUUUUAAAUUAAUAUCUAAGUAGGAUUUCAUUUUUUUCAUUUUAAUUCAAAUUUAGAAAAAGAAUGAAUAAUAAAUUAAUUGUGAUAGAAAGGCGUUUUCUGGUCCCACCUGGGCCGGGGGUGCUUGUGUGGGGGUGUGCCACGACGAAACAGGGGAAUGAAAGGAACGAAGUUGGAUGCUUUUUACCCUCCCCACAAUGAUGGCUCUAUUGUCUUGGGGAGCGUUGAAGCUUGCUUCUUCUCCAAAAUUUUCUUGGUGACCUGUCCUUAAUAGAACCGAUCUGAUUCUCUGAACAAGAGAUUUUUUAAUAUUGUCACGGAGCAAACUGAUUGUAAAUUAAGAACAUAGUAUGCUAGGGAUUUCAUCCCAUGACUUUGAAUUUUGUGUGUGGGAACGUGUAAAACGAUGGUGGUAUUCAAGCAAAAUAUAUUGCUAGAAAGACUAGAAAUAUAUACGUGUAUGACAACGUUUAAUAUUGAGCGUCGAGUUGUUGAGAAAAGUUCAUGUAUUAAUUUUAAUCAUUUUCUUACACACUCCUAUAAUGAAAGUGAGCUCAUAUAUUGAAAUCUGUACAGAUCCGCCAUAUAAUAUAUAUGCUUUAACACAACGGUUAAUAAUGAGAGUUGUGAUCAGGAGCUAACAUGUGAUCUCAAUGACAAACUAGCUCUGAGACCUUAUCAUAAACAAUCUGGUCACGAUAACUCGAAUUGUUGCGAAAGAGGACCAUAUAUGAUGCAUCUUAAACACUUCAUUAUGUAUGAGAUUGAGUCUGUUGCUACUCUUCUUAGCCAUUCUUUUGUGUUUCUUGUUAUAUAUCCCUAAACCUAAACGACAAACCUGCCGAAAACAAUCCUAAGAAACCGUAGGUCCAAGU